AUGAACAGACCUAGAAAGAAGAAGGAAUUGUCCCUUCUAGAAGAGCUAAAGGAGUUGGAUUUACUAGAAGAAGAAGAGAUAGUAGAGAUCCCAGAUUUGGAGAAUGACGAUCUAAUAGAAGAGAACUCCCAAAGCAUCAUCGUCCGUUGUUUAAACCCAACUGUGCAUAAGGUGGGAGGUCUAAUCAAAGCCUUACCACCAAUUUGGGGAAUGGAAGAUAGAGUAGUUGGAGAGGAGUCGGCGAGCAUCGAGCCCAAUUCAUCUUUCAGAACGAGAGAGAUUUGUCCCAUGCUCUGCACAGAGGCCCCUGGUUCGUCAACGGCAGCUGUAGAAGCUCUGGUUAAGCCUCUAGGAAGGGUUGAGAUAGUGGAACUCCAUGCUAAGCAGUCUAGUUCACUAGAAUAUGUGACAGCCAGAGUCUGGGUCAAAGCUGACGAACCAUUGCAAUUCAGGAAGAUGGCUCAUUUCAGAACGGGUGAAAGAGCUCCUGUAGAGCUCGAUGCACAAGCCGCAGGUGGGGAGAAAGAAGUCAGCUAUGCAAAAAUCUGA